CGCGCUGUUGUCACUUCCGCCCCGAGAUGCGCUCUGCGUCCGGGUCGUUUGCGGCGGGGGACUAGGCUGGUUCUGCACCGCCGGCCGGGAGGAGCGGGCUCCUCUCGGCGUUGUCUUCUGCGACCUGGCAGUCAGCCCCACGUCGUCGGCCUGGCGGGUCCAAGAGGACGAGGGGGCCCAGGCUUCCUCCGGGGACAUUGGCGCUCCAGAUUCUCCAGGACUGGUAGCUGACAUCGAGUCCAAGCUAAGGAUGGAAGGUGUGGAACUUAAGGAAGAAUGGCAAGAUGAAGAUUUCCCAGUACCUUUGCCAGAAGAUGAUAGUAUUGAAGCAGACAUACUAGAAGUAACUGGACCAGAGAGCCAGCCUGGCUCCCUGGAAGUUAAUGGAAAUACUAAAGUAAGAAAGAAAUUAAUGGCUCCAGACAUUAGCCUGACCCUGGACCCUAGUGAUGGCUCUGUGUUGUCUGACGACUUAGAGGAGAGUGGGGAGAUUGACUUGGAUGGCUUGGACACACCCUCAGAAAACAGUAAUGAGUUUGAGUGGGAAGAUGAUCUUCCAAAACCCAAAACUACUGAAGUGAUUAGGAAAGGCUCGAUUACUGAGUACACAGCUGCGGAGGAGAAGGAAGAUGGGCGGCGCUGGCGCAUGUUCAGGAUUGGAGAGCAGGACCACAGGGUGGACAUGAAGGCAAUUGAGCCCUAUAAAAAAGUUAUCAGCCAUGGAGGAUAUUAUGGGGAUGGGUUGAAUGCUAUUGUCGUGUUUGCUGUCUGCUUUAUGCCUGAAAGUGGUCAACCUAACUACAGAUACCUAAUGGACAAUCUCUUUAAGUAUGUUAUUGGCACUUUGGAGCUGUUAGUAGCAGAAAACUACAUGAUCGUUUAUUUAAAUGGUGCAACAACACGCAGGAAAAUGCCAAGUCUGGGAUGGCUCAGGAAAUGCUACCAGCAGAUUGACAGAAGGUUGCGAAAAAACUUAAAAUCUCUAAUCAUUGUACAUCCAUCUUGGUUUAUUAGAACACUUUUGGCUGUCACAAGACCAUUUAUUAGCUCAAAAUUCAGCCAAAAAAUUAGAUACGUCUUUAAUUUGGCAGAAUUAGCAGAACUGGUCCCCAUGGAAUAUGUUGGCAUACCAGAAUGCAUAAAACAGUAUGAAGAAGAAAAGUUUAAAAAGAAACAGAAAAGAGUUGAUCAAGAGCUUAAUGGAAAACAAGAUGAACCAAAAAGCGAGCAGUAAGUUUGGCAUCUAGUCCAAACAAGACUGAAGAACAUGCUGAUGAAGCAAUCCUGUUUUGCAUUUAUAAUGCAUUUAUUGGCCCAUAUUUUAUGUAAUCUGUUACAGAAUUGACUUGACUUUUUCCUAAUGGACUUUUGUACAAGGGACUGUUCACUGCUGUAUUGGUUUGCAAAUUUCUUGAAUUUAGCUCCUUUAAUAGCUAACUUUAUUGUAAUCAUUUUAUAUUUUAUAGUACUAAUUAGCAGAGAACUACACUUUAUAUGAAAGUUUUGCAUUUGUUUAUUGAAUGAUGCAUCUUCUUCAGUAAAAUAUUUAUAUGCAUAAAUGUUAAAGAAAUAAUAUAUAUUUUUAUGUUUCUUGAGCAAUAUUUUUAAAUGUAUACCUGUCUUAUGGAAGCAUAUGCAGGUAACCAAGACCAUAGUUUUAUAAAGUACAUGUUAGGAUUUGUCUUUAUUUUGUAAAUGGUUAAAUACAUUUCCUGGGUAACUUAGAAAAUUAAGUUGCUCAUAAGAUGAGGGACAGUCAGACUGAUUCUCUUAAACAUCCAAAGAUCAUGUGUGUAAUCUCAUCAGAUUUGGUGGCAUGCUAGGCUGUUGUCUAACUUAACAUGUAUUGUUCCUUAAUUCAGAAGAGCAACUGCAAGUGCGAUGCACAGUUUUUUUCCUUUUUAAACUGAAAGAGAGGUCAAAAAGCCAUUUUUAGAAAUAACAGGAUUUAAGAGGCUAAGAAUUUGUGUUUGUACAUAUGUAUAUAAUGGGACAUUUUAUCUUCUGGCCCAGAGUCAGAAGUUUAUAAAGUCUUGGGUUUGUUCACUAAUGUGAAGUGAGCUGUGUGUCCAGGGUAUUGCUCUCUUCUGUGUGUGUGAAUGCUGUGGAGUUUUGCAAAGAAUGAUGAGUUCUUCACUGUCAUGACUUUUUCUGUAGAAAACAGGCUGCUUUUUAAACUGCUCUCACUGUGAGCACUUUACCAAGUCCUUCCAUCUCAGUUAUUUGAGCUUGUCCCAGAUGAUCUGUCUCCAGGUUGCUGUUGGGUCAUUGUUAACAGUACUGUAAAUUAGGGUAAAGCAUCAUCUUCGUGUGGGGUCUUGGAUGACACAAUGAACGCAUGUCAACUCUUUGUUUUAUUCAGUCACCUACUGAACCAUUCAGAAUCAACAGAUUGGUCUAAUGCUGUAUUGGACAUUUGAAUGACUCAUGUAUUUGGUAAAUGUACCAUCUUCCAAACCUCUUCCAGCCACUCUCCAGCCCCUUGUGUGUUUUUCAAGAUUUAGGCCUGGCGCAGCAAAAUUGAAGAGAAUAGAAGUAAGCCUUAAAGGCUUAAUCUGUCUUCUGUUAAACACAUAGUUUGUGCAAAA